GUUUGAGAACCGCUGAUCAGAAGUCAGCGUGCGUACUCUGAAUGUUGGGCGAACAACAGGGAGAGGCUCACCAAGAAAACCGAUUCACAGUCAGCUGAGAGGCGGAAGACCAUGAAGACCAGUGGCUUUAAUACGUUUUAACGAGACGGUCGUCCUCAAAAAGAGAUAGGCCAAAAAGUAAACAGAAACCGAGGUGGAGAAGGACUUGAUUCAUCGACCUGAGGAGGGCAGCAAUACGCCGCUGUUGAGUCUAGCCUGUCUCACCCAAAGAAGAAGAUGAGGAAACACUGCCAGCUAACUAACAUUCAGCGGAUGUCCUGUUGAAACUGACCUACGUUUGGUGUUUUAGAAAGCCUACAACACACUCAACGAAAGGAAGAAAUCAUGGAGAGGCUGUGUUUCCGGUUACCGAGCCACGGGGACACGACCCUGAAGCACAUGAAUUCACUGAGGACCCGCCAGCACUUCUGUGACAUCACCAUUGUGGCCAGCAACAACCAGACGUUCAGGGGUCACAAAGUGGUGUUGGCUGCCUGCUCGCCCUUUCUGAGGGACCAGUUCCUCCUCAACCCGUCUUCCAAACUUCAGGUACAAGUCAACACCCACAAUAUCACAGUGUCAACGCAGAAUAAAUGUGCUUCUUCAUGUUGUUUAACAUUUCCCCAGGUUUCGAUGCUGUACAGUGCCACAGUGGUGUGUGAUCUGCUUCAGUCCUGUUACACUGGCGUCUUGCAGUUUAACCCUGAGGAGAUUGUUAACUACCUGACUGCUGCAAGCUACCUGCAGAUGGAGCACAUAGUAGAGCGCUGUCGCGGAGCACUGAAGAAAUAUGUACAACUUAAAAACCCAAACUCACCAAAGAUGACUUCAGAGGAAGCACCGCCCCGGCCUGUGAUCGUCAACGGGAGUGUUCAUUCUGUCCCACCUCCACUCACAAACCGCCCCACCCUCAUGGACACACACAGUCCUGAAGUGCGCUCAGCAGUGGAGGAGAAAAACACUGAUGUGUCCCCUCAGGAGACGGGUCCCACGCUGGAUGAGCCAUGUAUUAAGGUGAAUGGAUCAGAUGAAGAAGAAGAGUCCAGACAAGAGGACUACGAUGUCCUCAAAGUGUACAUCUCUGAAGAAGAGCAGCUGAACAGAGAUGGAGAGAAGGAGAGAGGAGUACCCUCUGAUGGAGCUCAGGAGGGAUGCUACCCAGAGACAGAAGGUGUUGUGAUUGGAGGAGAGAGCAGUGAAUUUGACUUGAAUCCUACAGAGGAUGAUGUCAGUUUCGGGGGGCUUUCGGCAGAGGGGCUUCGGGCUUUCAGGCGCAGGCUGUCAGACCCUAAAAUCAUUCAGGGCAGAGGAAGAGGCAGGGGGCGGGGUUUUAAGAGGAAAAGGUGGAUGACAACACCGGAGAAAAGAGCUCCUGGCAUGGAUAACCACUCAGAUAUGUGGUUUCUUGCAGCUGCAGGGAUGGGAGGGGGUUUGGGCCCGGACCACAGCCAGGACGGGCUUAAAAGAGGAGGGUUUGUCUCAGUUGAACUCCCACAGUUAGACUUCAGCAUGACUGACAAUCAGGGGGAUAAGGUCUCACCAAUGGAUGCGAGUUUGUCCCAUUUUGUCCUGGAGGAGUGUGGUGGAGGUGCUGGAGAGGGGAGUUCAGGGCUGACUGUAGGAACAAAUGAGGGCGGGGACGAGUCUGUGGCAGUGGUGGGAUCCACUUCAAGCGUAGUGGGGCCUGUAAUCUGCGAACACUGUGGCAUGACGUUCCCCUCCCCUUACUCCCUUGCCCUCCACACCCGCUCCACCCACCUGCUGUACGCCUGCCCCUGCUGCGGCAAACACUUCCACCACUCGGCCAACCUCACCCGUCACAUGGCCGUGCACCGAGGCGCCGGUAAGACCCACCAGUGCCCCCUGUGCUACAAGACGUUCACCCAGAAAUCCACGCUUAUAGACCACAUGAACCUGCACAGCGGAGAGCGACCACACCGCUGCGCGUACUGCCACGCCCGCUUCGCCCACAAGCCCGCUUUGCGGCGCCACCUGAAGGAGCAGCACGGGAAAACCACGGGGCAGAACUCGCUGCAUGAGCAGGAGGAGAGGGAGAGAGCGAGAGAAGCCGCCGGAACUGUUCGUGAAGAAGAGCAGGAAUAUCUGGUGACAGAACAAGGGUCUUAGACCAAAGCUUUACAGACGGGGAACAAUGUGACACAUAGUGAGGGAAGUGUCCUGUGUGGAGGUCAUUUGGAGAGUGGAAAGACCUCUUGGUAGUCAAGCAGGGUCGAGAUACUAACCAUGAGGCCUUAAAUAACUGUGAAAAGAGCUUCAAAGUUAAACAUUCGUCAGUUGCAUAAAACAGUGCAUGAUGGAUUUGGGUAAGAAAUGACUGGGACAGCGUAGUCCUUCACCUUCUUAUUUGGAGAAAGAAGCAGUUUUUGAUUCAUCAUAGCAAGAAAAGUCCAGGUGUUAAUAAUUUACUAAUUAAGACUGUGAUGUAAUCAUCUGUACCAGCUGACUGUGAGCCUUAGAUUGUAAGACUUGAGAUGCUUAAAGUCAUUCAACCCUCGUUAUCUCAAUUAUUCACACCCGAUCGUCCAACACACGUCAAAGGACCUCUCACUAACUGAACUCCAAAGUGACGCUCACAGCUGAAUAAAGUGGAGGGAUCAAAUACAGCAGUAAGCUUAGGAACAAAGUCCCACAGAAACAGGACCUCUGUGAAGCCAUGGUUCCAUUUCACAGCUAAACAGUUCAGUCAGACAACUCACGUUUAAAUUGUUUAUUGUAGCAGCAAAUACAUAUUCAUGUUUGGCGCCCAGGCUCUGGCCUCAUCACUCCCUGCAGAUAAGUUUACAUGCAGACAUUGAGGAGUGAUGAGCAAAACAUACUGAACACCCCCCUGGAGCCUGCAGGUGGAUGCUGGGGUGGCGGUGGGGAUGAAAGAAAAUUCAGCAAUAGGCAUGCAGGCAGCAGAGGCGUUGACAGGCAGAGGGCAGGAUUGGAUGAUGGUUAUGAGAGUGGGACAUGUGACGUGUAUAGCAGUGCAGCUCGAGUGGUCUGCCUGAACUAGCUCGCAGGCGUCUCUCCAUUUGUUAACAUAAAUCACCCUCAGAUAGACUCCUAAAAAUCACUCCACAGUCAGAGAACUCUCUGCUUGGUGGCAUUUCUCCUCUGUAGACAUCUUGUUUUCAGUCUUCCAGUCCAUACACAAAAAUAAUUCAUAUUAUUGGAACUAUAGAAAAGUUGAAUAAGAUCCAGAUAACAUUGCAUACUUUUUGAUUUGCAUCUCUGUGAUACUGUAUUUUGAUCUUACAUAAUAAGGCAGUUUACGUCACUUUAGUUAAUCACAUAGAACUUUCAUUCACAAAGUGUUUGUGACAAAUUAACAUUGUGAAACCUGGUCAGCAAGUAGGCAUCCAUGCAGACUUGAUUUUGGAUGGUUUAACCCACUCCCGCUCUCAGAGGUUUUGUACAGCGCUCACUGGGAUUGGUUUGAGAAAGGCUGUGUAAUAGUGAGCGGUCCACCACACUGAGCACUGUCCAAAACCUCUGAGAGUGGACUGGGAGUCAGUCAACUCCAUCCUAUCGAGUAUCGAUAUGUUGGCGUUCUCACCAUGUGUAACGCGGUUUAUGAUUGGUUAUGAGGCAUAAACUGCGUUUGCCAGGAUUAAAAAACCAUGAUGAAGAUGAAAAAAAUCAACACAUUUACAAUGUAUUUACGAUCUAAUGAACCUAUAUUGAGUCUUGGAACAGCUGUUGGUUUAUUCGAUUAUGAAGUGUUUUAGAUUUACAUGAAGGCUACUUACAAAAAGUAAGCAGACAUCAGAUUGAAAAUAUCAUGCCCUCAACCAAAGAAAUGCCACCAAAAAAGAUGUUGUUUCUCUUAUUUUGGAGAGACUUUUUGAGUGUGCGAAUUGGUCAUUUAUGUAAACUGUUCUAACCUCUAACACAAAGUUCCUUUUUUCCUGGGAGUGAUGGGAGUUGGUCCCAUAGCUUGCUGUUGUAUCUGAUCCCUCCACCUUGAUGAGCGCCGCUUCAUUCGGCUCUGUCUUCAGAGCGUUCUCCGUAGCAGAGUGGAUGUGGACCGGUCUGGGGAAGGGCCUGAGUCUAGCCCUCUUUGUCUUAAUCAUUCACACCUGUGCUUCUCACACUGUGACAUGUCAAAGUGUCCUCAUCCACUGAGACCUGUUGAUUUUUAUGCUUGUUAGAAAAGUUUGACUAGUUUGGACUGAGAACUGUAAUCUUACACUUGAACAUAUGUAAUACACGUUGAGUAUGAUGUGUGGUUACUUUACUGCUGUAAAGAAUAUAAUUGAAAAUCACAUCUAUGUUCCAUGUGAUGAUGUUUAAAGACUGAUGAUGAACAUC